AUGGCUCUGGAUCAAAUCCCCUUGGAAGCGGGCCAGCAGUACAAGCCCGAGAUGCGCAAAGUGCCCGAAGGACAGAUGAUGCGUCCUAAUAGAAAGACUAACGGAAGCGGCGUCCAGGCCCCAGAAACCAGGAUCUGUGUUGUUAUGUCUUUCUUCGCACCCACUAACGUCCUCAUAGUUGUUCGCUACCUCCGCUGGCUCUCGGUCGACGCAAAGACCUUCAACGUAGGCCAAUAUCGCCGCACCACCACUCCCAACCCCCCCGCCGAGUUUUUCGAUCAAAGCAAUGCAGAAGGCGAGAAGAUGCGCAAAGCUGCCGCCGAGGCUGCUGUGGCAGACAUGCUGAAAUGGUUCGACAACGGUGAAGGUCUUGUUGCAAUUCUCGAUGCUACCAACUCGACGAAAGCACGGAGACGCUGGAUUCAAGAUCGAUGCGACGCCGCCAACAUACAGACCAUGUUUGUCGAGUCAAAAUGUGACGACGAAGAGCUUGUCAUGUCAAACAUCAAGGAGGUCAAGACCACAUCGCCCGACUAUGUAGGACAAGAUCCCGAGGUCGCUGCACAAGAUUUCUUGAAGAGAAUCAGAAACUAUGAAAAGGUGUAUGAGACACUGGACGAGGACGAAGCCGACCUUACAUACUGCAAGCUGAUUGAUGUUGGACAUCAAGUAAUCAUCAACAAGAUCCAGGACUACCUUCAAUCCCGUGUGGUCUACUACCUGAUGAAUCUGCACAUCAAACCGCGCUCUAUUUGGCUGUCGCGAGUAAGUUUAACCAACAUCAACACCCUGCCUGAUGUAUUGAUCCUAACUGCUACAGNNCACGGUGAAUCCGAGUACAACCUGUCGGGCAAGAUUGGUGGAGAUGCCAACAUUAGCGAAAGAGGUCAGAUGUAUGCUAAGAAGCUACCUGAGAUCGUGAAACAAUCUGCUGGAGACCUUCAACUUACAGUGUGGACUUCAACACUAAAGCGAACGAUUCAAACCUCGAGAUUUUUACCCUUCGAGAAGCUUUCAUGGAAGGCGCUGGACGAACUGGACUCUGGAGUUUGCGACAGCUUGACAUAUGCUGAGAUCGAAGAACGAUACCCAGCAGACUUCAAGGCUCGCGAUGACGACAAAUACAACUAUCGUUACUUGGGUGGUGAGAGCUACAGGGACGUCGUUAUUCGUCUCGAGCCUAUCAUCAUGGAACUGGAACGCAGCGAGAACAUUCUUAUCGUGACGCAUCAAGCAGUGCUGAGAUGUAUCUACGCUUACUUUAUGGGUGUUGAUCAGGCCAAGAGCCCUUGGAUGGAGGUUCCUCUACACACGCUGAUCAAGCUUUCGCCCAGAGCAUACGGCACGCAGGAGGAGAGAUACUCGGCCAAGAUUCCCGCAGUGAGCACAUGGCGCGGUAAGGGAUCAAAGGCUCAGCAUGAAGAUCCCGGCCCUGGCGAAGGGACGGUCGAUAUUGAGGUGAAUGGAAAGCCCACGAAAUAG